CUUUUAGCCUACAACCAAAAUAAUCGAUAUUCUCUAAACAAAUAUUGGAUACACACAGAAUGACGCUCAAAACGAUUCGGACGCCCACUCUAGAGAUAGGGUACUACGAGCAUGGCCCUACGUCCGGCUGGCCUGUUGUUCUUUCUCAUGGUUUUCCCUACGAUAUCCAUUCCUUCGACGAAGUAGCCCCGAUACUCGCUUCCAAUGGUGCACGAGUCAUAAUCCCUUAUCUACGAGGAUUUGGCCCAACUCGUUUCCUCUCGCCAACCGCCAUGAGGACUGGCCAACAGGCAGCUCUUGGAUCAGACGUCAUUGAGCUGUUGGAUGCACUCGGUAUCAAGAAAGCCAUCCUGGGGGGAUUUGACUGGGGUGGUGUUGCCUCAUGCGUGGCCGCAGCGCUCUGGCCAGAUCGCGUCCAUGGACUUGUUUCGUACGCCGGAUAUGACAUAGUUGACCGCGUCGGCGGGAGCAAGGCGAGUGAGCCGAGUCUUGAAUAUGUCCAGUGGUACCAGCAUUUGUUCCAGCAUGAACGCGGAAGAGCAUGCCUGGAGCAACACAGGCAGGAUCUUUGUCUUAUGCUCUGGCGACAGUGGUCACCUACCUUCUCCUUCAGCAAUUCGUUCUUUGAGCGUACGGCAACUUCAUUCGAUAAUCCCGAUUUCGUCGAUAUCGUAAUUCAUGCAUAUCGAUUUUGUUUUGGCUCUGAGGAAGGGGACCCUGUCUUCCAGCUACUCGAAGACAAAUUGGCUUCCAAACCGCUGAUAACAGUGCCUUCGAUCACUUUGGACGGCCUGCAGGACCCGCUGAAGCCAGGUGGCACUGCAGCACACUCUAAGAUGUUCUCCGGCCGGCACGAGAGGAGAGAGGCUGAUGUUGGCCACGCAUUUCCUAUGGAAGCACCACAAGCUUUCGCCGAUGCUAUUCUGUCGAUUCACGAAUGGAACACGCGCUUAUGAUUCGCGGGAUGCAUGAUGAGAGAGAAUGCUAUUUUUUGCGCAAACCUAAGUCUUCUGUAUUUAGAGGGGUAAGGAAUGGCAAUAUUGCUGUUUAAUGAAUGUCUGCUCACUGAUUAUCAAUAAACCAAGCGCAGACGCGUAACUUGGAGACUAG